GUACCCCUCCCACCCUGCUCACAUCUCUAUACUUCAACAAUAACAAUGGCACCAAGUAAAUUGAUAUCAACAUAACAAGGACAUGCCUUAAUAUAUGUCCAUCAACAUAACGAGGAUGCUUGAAUCACCCGACAUGCCUUCCUCCUCCAGGCUAUCUCGCUCAGCAUCCAUGAGAUUGGGACAUUUAGCAGUAUAGUUUUCUCAAAUUGCCUAGCUUGUCAGAUUGGCUACAUAAUGGGAUAGGAGGACUAAUGGUGAGUUUUGAGACUUUAGUGGAGCCUCCUUCACAUUCUGAAGUUAUCCAGCUUCCAAUGGCCCAGCUCAGUGGCUUCGGAGCAGUUGAGUUUUUUGUGGUAGUGAUAAUAAUGCUCAUCAUAUUGUUGAUCGUUGUGUUUCUCUGUCGGAAGCGUAUCAAAGCAGCAUUAUUGCAGACAAAAACGAAACCUCCAAUAGAGGUAAUGGAGAUAAUAGCUUCUUCGACGAAGCAGCAAGGAUCUAAGGAGUUUUUUAGCGGUGGUGUUCAUGAAAUGAGCUAUUUUGACUUUCAGACCCUUAAGAAGGCAACAAUGAAUUUUCAUCCUGAUAAUCUUCUUGGAAGUGGUGGAUAUGGGCCUGUUUUUCGGGGAAAGUUGGCAGAUGGGAGGCUAAUUGCAGUGAAAACAUUGAAUCUGAACCAAUCCCAAGAAGGAGAAAAACAAUUUCUGGCAGAGGUGAGACUGAUUACAAGUAUCCAACACAAAAAUCUUGUUCGCCUUCUAGGAUGCUGCACCGAUGGGCCUCAAAGGAUACUAGUGUAUGAAUACAUGAAGAACAGAAGCUUGGACCUCAUAAUCAAUGGACAGAGUGAUCAGUUUCUGGAUUGGAGCACUAGAUUCCAAAUCAUCCUUGGAAUUGCACGGGCAUUGCAAUACCUGCACGAGGAUUCACACAUGAGAAUUGUUCACAGAGACAUCAAAGCAAGCAAUAUUCUUCUUGAUGACAAGUUUCACCCGAAGAUUGGAGACUUUGGACUGGCUAGGUUCUUCCCUGAAGACCAAGAUUGCCUCAGUACUCCAUUUGCUGGAACAUUGGGAUAUACUGCUCCUGAAUAUGCUACUAGAGGAGAACUGUCAGAAAAGGCUGAUAUCUACAGUUUUGGAGUUGUAUUGCUUGAAAUCAUCAGUUGCAGAAAGAACACAGAGUUUAGUUUACCGUCUGAAAUGCAAUACCUUCCUGAAUAUGCAUGGAAGCUUUAUGAGAAAUCAAUGCUGAUGGAUCUGGUAGAUCCGAAACUGCGAGCACAUGGAUUGGUAGAGAAGGAUGUAAUGCAAGCAAUUCAUGUGGCCUUGUUGUGUCUGCAAUCUAGUGCUAGCCUGAGGCCUCCCAUGUCAGAAAUUGUAGCACUGUUAACCUUCAAGAUCGAAAUGGUUAAAACUCCAAUGAGACCAGUAUUCCUUCAUCUAAGGCGUAAACAGGCUGCUGCUGAUGAUAAUGAUAAUGAUGAGACUUGAUGAGAAGCAUUCUUGAGGAGCCUUAUAUAUAUAUAUAUAUAUCCAAGGCUACUGUUGCAAAUUUUGCAGUCAAACAAGAGAAAAUUCCUUGUGUCCUCUUGGUGGAUCCCCUGAACAUAUUAAAUGUACUGAUCUAGAUUGUACAUGAUGCACCACAUGUACAGCAGAAUUAUGAUUUCUUCAAUCUGUGAAAUGUCACUAACUAAUAAGCGAAGUACAUAUUUAUUUGGGGACAUAAUAUAAGUUGCAAUCUUGAAUGAAUAAAGCUAAGCUAUAUAUGCAAAGGCAGGAGGAUGUGAACUAGUUAUGUA